UGAAGUUUGAGUGAGAUUGCAGAGAUUGCAAAAGAAACUUGAAAACAACGAAAACUAGCAAAAUGAUGAAGUUUUUGGGUCUCUCACUAUGCCUGGCACUGACCAUCGUAGAUCAGACGCUAGCACAGAACAACCAGUACCUACCUCCAGACAAGGGAUACGCCUACGACAAGCCCAACCAGCCGUUCCCAUCUGCCCAGCAACCACAGCAGGUUCCAUUCCCACGACCACCUGCACCAGCUCCUUCCUAUGGACCCCCACCAGCGGCUGGUGGUGAUCACGUCCACGAACCGGGCAUGCCGUUCGAUUUCAACUACAAUGUGAACGACAUUGAUACCGGAAACGACUACUCGCACAACGCGGUCAGCGAUGGGGAUGUGACCCGCGGUGAGUACCGCGUCCAGCUGCCCGACGGACGGACCCAGAUUGUGCGUUACACCGCCGACUGGAAGAACGGCUACAACGCGGAGGUGACGUACGAAGGUGAAGCCAAAUACCCAGAAGGCCCAGGUCAGGGCGGUGCCAACUCCGGUGGAUACAAGUACUAAGUUUAGUACCCCUACCAACAAUCGAUCCAGCACCUUCCCAAGAGUGUUUCGGAAACCCUCCACACGUGAUUAGCCGAGAACCCUCAUGACAAAAUUUCGUUUUUCCUCCACGUAUCGAUCACUUGUAGAUACUACGUGUAAGGACAACAAAAAAUCCCUCACAUCAACUCAACUCACGAUGACACAUCGAACGAACGAACCAUGUUCUCCCAUUUAGUUCUUAUAUAAAACCAUGUAAGAUCGUACACCGCUAAGUGCACCUUAAUUGCCCCGAAGAAGGAAAAACCAACGAAACGCUUGCAUAGUUUCGUUGCCCAAUUAAUCAUCAUCAUCAUCCUCGAUGCCAGUAUGGAGCGAAACGCGACAAGAAACGAGAAUAAUCCGCGCACCACAAAAUUAAUGACCUGAAAAAUUAGCCGGAUAAGCGCAUACCCUUAGCCACAACUACCCUUUCGGACUGCUUCAGCACCAUCACCGUUCGUAGCACAUAAAUAUAUUCGCGCGUUUAUUUAUAAUUGUAACCUGUACAUGUUUCUCAGAAUAGUCAUAAAUUUAGUGGACCAAUGCAAAUGGUCCAGUGUUUAAUUUUGCUAUUCUCCCCCCGUAACUCAAGUGAUACUAGCUGAACAUAAACAACAUUCCCCCCGUGCACAACGAUUAGACCCAUCCACAGCGACACGACAAAUGUUUAAACCAUUAUAGUACGUCCCUCUCGCGAAAAUGAAUAGAAGAAAUAAUCAUGUUUGGUCAAUAGG